AUGGCAGCUCCUGCUCACUUGCAAGGCGUCAACAACAGGUCAGACGUCACUUCCACACCUUCUCCUGUGCAUACGCAUGGACCAGAGCUACAAAUUCUACUCGCUAUCGAGCCCAAGUCGUCCAUGGGUACAUCUAGGAAGGCGGAUACACCGACACAUUCGAAGACACUUCACCAACGCUCUACAUCUCAGUCUACCGCGGACGGAACCAGUAAAAUUAUGGGCGAAGUCAACAGCAAAGAUACCAGUGCUGCAUUCCCUCCUCUUCCAUCACAGACUCCAGAGUGCAUGACGGCCGCCGACACACGAGAAGAACCAACCACAACGACUGCGGCCUCACCAUCUGUCGCGACGGAGACGUAUACAAGGAGCAUCUCAAGCAUCGUCACUUCGUCUAUCAAUAAUGCGGACACAAAUGAGAGUCCCGAGGCUGGCAUCACCGAAGAUCAUACUCGUCCAAUUCGCCACUCACCACCCAUAAGUCCGGGUGCAGGUGCAGAUGCAAUUACAUGGUGGGAGAGUGGGAGAAAUGCAUCCUAUGACAGUAUAACUUCCGAUACUCUCUUGGCUAGUUCCAGAUCUGUGAGUGGCAAUGCCUUCAGUCAAAGAUCUCUAUCGCCCACUGAAUCGCCAACGCUCGGUCCUGCGUUACCACCAGCUGCGUCCGACGAUCCAGAUGGAGGCCAGGACAACGUACCAUCCGGUUCACUGGUCACUUCGGAGGAGUCUUCUCGUUCAGAGAUCGUUUACGUCAUGGCUCCCAAGACAUUUGAACCCUUCCCGCGGUCAGUUUACUUCCGUCCAUAUCGUCGUCCGAUUCCCCUGGACCGGAUAGAAAAGUCCAAGGAAGUUCCCAUCAUGAACAAAGAAUCAAGGCUUCCUAUCCUGAAUAGACACUGGCAUUCCAGUGCGGUCACUCGACGAACACUGAAGACUUUCUGGAUAUCGGCGAGGCAGUGGACACCUGCAGCCAAUGCGCAGGCCCAAGCUGAAGCCACAGCCAGAGUCACGACCAGAGCUACAGCCACAGCAACUGAUGGUGUUCAUGAUGCUCCUGCUCUAAGGAAGUGGCCGCCACCAGAGAAGUCAUGCAUAGAAGGGUUCAAGCGCGGAUUCUCGCAAUAUCACAUUCGAAAGAACCAUAUCGAUCCGCCGCCAGGGUUAUGCCAACAGGUCCUGGACGCCGCUUUUGAAACUUGGUUACAUUCCUCGAACAACGACGAUAGAUGGGUAAGGGAAUACAAGGCUUGGGAGACUUCGCAAGGAGAUAGCGGGCAACCUGUACAGCCGCUUCGAGUACCAAACAGGAGUGACCAACAACCUCCAGCUUCAUGGGAAGACGAUAUGCAACGUCUGCCGCCACGACGAACAGCUCGACAAAUUUUACUGUCAGCGAUAACCUGUUCAAUCGGAAAAUCUAUAACCGUAAAUCUUCGAGGCGGCGCUGGGACAUCUGACCCAAUGGAUAGUGAGCCUCUGGAAGAAGACGAACCAGCGAACGCACUAGGAGGUAGCCCUAUCCACAGCCCUGAAAACAACCCUCUAGCGGAAGACAUACCCAACGAAUCCGGAGACCACACCAGGAACGACGCCCUUUUAGGAUCCACACCACCCUCCAUAUCCGAUUCCUGGAUACCCGAUAAUGACUAUGGGACCUUUGUAUACAGGCCGGGUCCCCCUCGGUCGCACCACUCAGCAUUAUCUGGAUAUACGACUGACCUGUCACGCGCUGCCUCUUCGGCUUUCCGCGAGCAAAAUGAAAGAGCAGAAGAAGGAGAAGAAGCCACGGCUGCAACGUUACAGGGGGCGGCGACGGCAUUAGGGCAGCCGUCCAAUGGAAGCGGGAUCCCUACUCCAGGUAAUGAGGGUGAUGUUCCUUCUCGCAGGAGGUUUUCCUUCGAGACUCAGCCGUCUUCCGGAUCACGCAGUGGACGCGUGAGCUCAAAUACCGAUAAUGUCAUAGCUUGGAUACCGCCCUCUCCUUCACCACGCAGUAGACGCACAAGUUCAAACCUAGAUGAUGCCACUGGAUCAUCUGGCAAACGCACAAACUCGGACGUGGAUGAGAUCAUGGGUGAAGACGACCCCCUCAUCAACCCACGUCCAGCCUCCGUACCUUCUACCAAUAACGUUCCAACCGGAGUUCCGCCUCUUAGUAUCGCCUACAACGAGAUUGCGAACAUACAACCUGCCAUACCCUCUACAAGACUACGCAGACGGGACGUGCUUCGUCAUGCUGCCAGACGGGAACAGCUUCGAGAGCGGAUUCGGGGACACCUCCUCCGAGCAUUCAGGAACAUGCUUGUUAUGGGUUCAAACGAGAGGAAACUCAUACGCAAGAAGAAGAAGGAAUGA